ACGAUGUUCUCAUCGCUUACUCCCUUUGACGCUGUGAUCGUGUUUGCCAGCCAGCAUCUGUUUCCGGUCACAACUCGCACCUCGUCAACUUUAACACGACAUUCGACACGUGUUUCGAUACCCAUAGGUGGUUCAACAAAAGGAACCACACUAGCUUACGGUGAAUGGGGAGCUCGCAUCAAGGGCAUGGACAUUCGUUUUCGCGCGAAAAAAGCUUGCAACUGCUGAGCAAAAAUAACGGUUGCAAGAGUCUAUCCUUGAUACGUCAGUUUGUGCAAGAUCUGCGAUACCUUCGUUUCGUUGCAUGAAGUUUGACUCAUAUCUUCAAGGGAAACGAAAUUCGUAUGGGUAAAGGAAAGGGACGUUCAAGUUUUGGGCUACUCAAUUGGUAAGUUCUCGCUUCAUGAGGCUCAUCCAUUAGCGUACCCGCCGGUCGCGUCAUAUUUGAGAUUGGAGGGAUGCCAAUAUGAGAGGAGUUGGCACGCGAAGGGAGGAAUUCCUACC